CACAGUCUCGCGAGAUGAGACUUGUGAGUCUGGAUGUGCAGGUCGGCAGGAGCCGAGGAGCUGGACAUUUAAAUGGCGUUGCGGGACGUUUAAACAGCGAUCCGGGACUGCGGGCUGUGUUGAGAAAUUCGGGACUGUCCGGCAAACAGCGGGACUGCUGGGCGGUGUCAUGGAUGAACUCCACAGCUUGGACCCCAGGCGGCAGGAAUUGUUGGAGGCCAGAUUUACAGGGGGAGUAAGUGGCAGUACUGGUAGCACGGGGAGCAGUGUGGGAGCAAAAGCAUCAAACAAUGAGAGCUCAAACCACAGUUUUGGAAGUCUGGGUUCUUUAAGUGAUAAAGAGUCAGAGACUCCAGAAAAAAAGCAGCCAGACUCAUCCAGAGGAAGAAAGAGAAAGGCAGAGAAUCAGAGUGAAAGCAGUCAAGGAAAAAAUAGCGGGGGACGUGGCCAUAAAAUUAGUGAUUAUUUUGACUACCAAGCUGGGAAUGGUACCAGUCCUGUAAGAGGCCUGCCUCCAUCAAUCCGGUCGCCUCAGAACUCACACUCACAUUCCACUCCUUCAUCCUCUGCUCGACAGAACAGCCCUUCCCCCACUGCAUUAGCUUUUGGGGACCAUCUACUUAGCCAGACAAAACAGUUAUCAUAUAAACUAGUUCAGACGGAUCUUACAAUGCUGAAAUUAGCUGCUCUAGAAAGUAAUAAAAACCAGGACCUGGAAAAAAAAGAAGGAAGAAUAGAUGAUUUGCUCAGGACUAACUGUGACCUUAGGCGACAAAUAGACGAACAGCAAAAAAUUCUUGAAAAGUAUAAAGAGAGAUUAAAUAAGUGCAUUUCAAUGAGCAAAAAACUCCUGAUAGAAAAGAGCACCCAGGAGAAGCUGGCAAGCAGAGAGAAGAGCAUGCAGGACAGGUUACGGCUAGGACAUUUCACCACAGUUCGGCAUGGAGCCUCUUUUACUGAACAGUGGACAGAUGGCUUCGCUUUCCAAAACCUUGUCAAGCAACAGGAAUGGGUGAAUCAGCAGAGAGAAGAUAUUGAAAGACAAAGAAAACAACUGGCCAAGCGGAAGCCGCCAUCAUCAAACAGUUCCCAGACUCCCUCCGCCAACUCAGAACCAAAGCAGCGGAAAAACAAAGCUGUAAAUGGAGCUGAAAAUGACCCCUUUGUAAAACCAAGUUUACCACAGUUAUUAACUUUAGCCGAAUACCAUGAACAGGAAGAAAUUUUUAAGCUUCGACUAGGUCAUUUAAAAAAGGAAGAAGCCGAAAUUCAGGCAGAGUUGGAAAGGUUAGAGAGGGUUAGAAAUCUUCAUAUACGGGAGCUUAAAAGAAUAAACAAUGAAGAUAAUUCACAAUUUAAAGACCACCCUACACUGAACGAACGGUAUUUAUUACUACAUCUAUUAGGUCGAGGCGGCUUUAGUGAAGUGUACAAGGCUUUUGAUCUUUAUGAACAAAGAUAUGCUGCUGUAAAAAUCCACCAGCUUAACAAGAGCUGGAGGGACGAGAAGAAAGAAAACUACCACAAGCAUGCCUGCAGAGAGUACAGAAUACACAAAGAACUGGAUCACCCCCGAAUAGUUAAACUUUACGAUUAUUUUUCCUUGGAUACAGACACGUUUUGUACAGUGCUAGAAUACUGUGAAGGCAAUGACCUCGACUUCUACCUAAAGCAGCACAAGUUGAUGUCGGAAAAGGAAGCCAGGUCUAUUGUAAUGCAAAUAGUCAAUGCACUACGUUAUCUCAAUGAGAUCAAGCCUCCCAUUAUCCACUACGACCUAAAGCCAGGAAAUAUCCUUCUUGUGGACGGGACAGCUUGUGGAGAAAUAAAAAUCACCGACUUCGGUUUGUCCAAGAUAAUGGAUGACGACAGCUAUGGUGUGGAUGGAAUGGACUUGACUUCUCAAGGAGCAGGGACAUACUGGUAUUUACCACCAGAGUGUUUUGUCGUGGGCAAGGAGCCCCCGAAAAUCUCCAACAAAGUUGACGUGUGGUCUGUAGGAGUCAUUUUUUUCCAGUGUCUCUAUGGCAGAAAGCCAUUUGGCCACAAUCAGUCUCAACAGGAUAUCUUACAGGAAAAUACAAUAUUAAAAGCCACAGAAGUACAGUUUCCAGUGAAGCCUGUUGUAAGCAAUGAAGCCAAGGCCUUUAUUAGACGAUGCUUAGCCUACCGCAAGGAGGACAGGUUUGAUGUCCACCAACUGGCCAAUGACGCGUAUCUUCUCCCGCAUAUGAGAAGAUCCAACUCUUCAGGAAACCUCCAUAUGUCUGGGCUAGUGGCCUCUCCAACCACUCCCACAUCAAGCAUCAUUUCAUACUGAUACUCGCACCAAGGCUGCUGGCAUGAUUAUUCGUUACAUAGCUUUCCGGCGCAGCAUUUUUAUUUUAUUUAAUUUUUUUUGUUCAACAACAAAGGAGAACCAAGAAGGAGUUUAAAGAUAAUUGUGUGUUUUUGGGGAGAUUUUUUUUUUUCUUUUUCUCUGUAGUGUUAUUAGUAUGGCAAGAGCGAAUGAGACUGUGAAUAAAUUUCCCAUUUGACAGUAAUGUGAUUUGGCACUGGCCUCCAUUCAUUGCCCUACAAAGCCAUUUUCAGAGUAAUGAGGGACAAUGCUUAGGGCGUGUUCCUACGCAAGUUUGGGGCCACUGUCAAGAGAUCCAAGUUUGUCCCACCAACCACGUGCAUUCAAUAUGGACAAAAUGAAAUAUAAUGAGAAAAAAAAAAAAAAGCUUUUUUUUCCAGAGAGGACAUUGUAAAUAAACUUUGUAAUACUGCAACACGAUUGGUUGAUACUGGAGAGUUUUAGCAUGAAGGGCAUUUUUCAUUAUUUAAAAAAAAAAAAAAAAAAAAAAGGAAAAAAAAAACAACACUUCUGAUCAUGGGCACCUGGCACCCGAGUGAUUACAAACAACGCACUUGCCCGCAAACUCCAACACCCAUUUAUUUAAACCAAAGCUGAAUAUAAGAGGAAUUCACACGUUAUGUUUGGAGUUUAUAUUCCAUAAGAAUCGUUCACGUGUCACUGUGACUUUUUUUUAAUUUGAAAUCGGCGACCCCUCUCCCCCUUUUCCCACAAGUUCCUUUUAUGGAUCAUUCCACUCAAUACCUGUGAUUCAUUCGUUUUUCUUUUCUCUUUGUUCCAUCGCCAUAAAACACACAAGAGGUACCAAAACCUUCAAUAAAACGUUCUAUGCAGGAUAAUGAUAAAUUCCCUUCUGGCACUCAUGUAUAUUGUUGUACAGAUGUCCAUUUCAGUUAUCCGUGUCCUUUCAGCAGCCGUUUGCCCUUGUACAAAUGUUUAAAGUAUGGCUUUUUUUCUAAUUUGAAUAUUGAUUUUUUUUUUUUUUUUUUUUUAAGUCUCCUCGACUGCGCUUUUAUUUUGCUGCUAAUUAAUGUUGCUUUGAGUUUGUUUUUUUUUUUUUGUUUUUUUUUUUGCAAACCAAUAGAAUUGCCCCUAUUUUAAAGUGGCAAUUGAAAAAAAAAAAACAACCAGAUUAAUUCAUUAACAAUCAAGCAUGUGUACACAUCUGUAAAACAUAUACACAGUACUGUAAGCCUGGUUUGCUAAAUGCUCUGUUACUCGGGGCAGGUUACUGAGGUUUUUGUUCUCCCUCGUCUUGAGAGAUCCUCUAUGUCGGAGGCUGUAAGUAUGCAAUACAUUAAGCAAAACCGAUUCCUCUUGGCUUAACACGGUGUUAAAAGACAGACAGGUUCCUUUCUAAUGGCCUAAACGCCUUUCUAGAACGCUGUAUUUCUUUAUUGCACAAAUAAAAGGAGACAACCCCCCCUCGAUGCCAGAGUAGGCAACGGUAGUGCAUUGGUCUUGCAAUAUAUUGCUCUUUUCUGUAGCAUUCAAGGGGAUGAGUCCUUAAACUCAUGCUGUUAAAGAGAAAUAAAAAGAUUUGUCAUUUUGUUCAUGUUACAGAAGAGGAAGCUUGUAUUAACACAGGUUUUACCAUUUAAUAUUGUACAGUUCAUUGUGGCUCUUGUUUCUGAUGUUGCAAGCAGUUUUCAUUUUUUUUCAUUGUACAUAAAUAUACAUUAACUGUCUCUUUAAGAUGCUGCUGAAAAUUGUAGAGAAUGUAGCCAAAACAGUAAUAAACAAUGAAAGUUGAAAUUUCAAA